AUGGUCAAGGCUGUUGCUGUCCUCCGUGGUGACUCCAAGGUCGCCGGCACCGUCACCUUCGAGCAGGCCGACGAGAACUCCCAGACCACCGUCUCAUGGAACAUCACCGGCAACGACGCCAACGCUGAGCGUGGCUUCCACAUCCACCAGUUCGGUGACAACACCAACGGCUGCACCUCCGCUGGCCCUCACUUCAACCCCUUCGGCAAGACCCACGGUGCUCCCGAGGACGAGGUCCGCCACGUCGGUGACCUUGGUAACUUCAAGACCGACGCUGAGGGCAACGCCAAGGGCUCCAAGACCGACAAGCUCGUCAAGCUGAUUGGUGCUGAGAGCGUCCUGGGCCGCACCCUUGUCGUCCACGCUGGUACUGACGACCUUGGCCGUGGUGACUCUGAGGAGUCCAAGAAGACUGGUAACGCUGGUGCCCGCCCUGCUUGCGGUGUUAUCGGUAUCGCUGCGUAA